GAAGGAAGAACCGCUUAUCAUUAUACCUCAAUGUGUAAAGAUCCGAAGUCAGUGCAAAAAUUGCUCACUAACGCUGGAGCUGAUCCUUCAGGUUUGGACCAAUAUCAACACUCAGCCAAAUACUAUGUGGACCAUAAGCACGAACUUGAACUCCCUAGUAGCCAACGAUCUGUGACUAAUUCAAGAAGGAGCACUGCUAAAAAAGACAGUCUCAACUUCAAGAAGUCAAACAUAAGAAUAUGGAUACACCAGAGGAAUUUGACAAAUUUGCAGCAAGUGAUGUGGGAAGGACACGGGGGCAAGUUGUUGGUAGAGCACAGCAACAAUCCUAAAAUCAAGAAAUUUUUGGAAGCCGUUCCGCAUAUUAUGGGACUUAUAAAAGAUAUUCAUACUGACGUUCAGAAUGAUGAUUUGGAAAGUCUAAAAAAUCAUCUGUCGCCUCCAGUUCCACCAAUUGUUCUUUCUGGAAAAGAUUCCAAUGGGUUAACACCCUUGCAUAAGGCUGUGGGUCUAGACAAAAAGAAAAUAGCAGAGUUCAUAUUGCAAGAAUACCCCGAAUGUAUCAAUUCCUGUGAUAACGAUGGCAGAACUCCCCUUCACUAUGCUGCCUUAGUGAAGGACGAUGGUACAAUGACGAAAUUUCUCAUUCAGCAUGGUGCUGAUGAAUCAGCUCUGGAUAAUAAACAAAAAACUGCUGCCUAUUACAAAACAAGAAACUCUGAAAUGGAUUCAAAAUUAUUGAACGUUGUCCCAGAGUGUCCCAGAUCCGCAAAAGAGUCCUUUGCAACUAAUUUCGAUUGGACAAUGCUCACGUCUUCAGCAGCUUCGAUGAACGGAUUGAGGAAUGGAUUGAAGAAAAUGGGAAAAAAUCUCUUAAAUGGAACAGAUGAUAAUGAAAAUAAGGAGAGUUCUGAAAACAUAGAAAUGAAAGGAACUGAGGAAGAAAAUCAUGAGGGGGGUAUUCAUAAUGAGACCAAUGAAAACGGUUACUUUGUAGAACACGGAGAAGAGAAGGAGGAAGACAAACUUAUCGUGUCUUCUAAUGAAAAUGAAAAUUCACAUGAAAAAGAAGAAGAGAAUGUGUUAGAAAGUCAAAGAGAAACUAAUGAUUUGAGUGGAAGAACAGAAGACGAAAAUGAGGAUGAAAAUUUGACUGAUAAUAUUGCCAAUAAGAUUUCCCAAGAUGCUCGAGAAGAAAAUACUACAACUCCCGAAGAAAUGAACGAUAACAAUAAUGAUGGAGAAGAAGAUAACAGAGAAGACGAAAAAAUUGACAAUCGAAUCGAAGCAGAAAAUGAUGCUGAUGAAAUACCUCGUUCUCCAAAAAAGUCCAGGCCUAACAGCCAAAUAAAUUCCGUCACACGCCCAAAUACCCAGGAAGACGUAAAGUCUCGCCCUACGAGUAAGAAUUUGGAGAAAAGUCGCCCAAAUAGCCAGCAUAUUAGCCAAUCUAGAUCAAUAAGCGAAAGUGCGGGCAAAAGUCGUCCGACAAGUCUUACAAACCCAAGUACUCGCCCUGGCAGUGAGGAAUUAGAAGCUAAUGGUUCUGGACCAAUUGUGGAUGAUGAGAAAGUUAUAGAAGGAAUCGUCCAUGAGGAAGAUGAAGCCAUGAACAAUGAAGGGCUCAACGGAACAAUAGCUGCUGAUACCGAUGAUGACAUUAAAUCUCUGGUUGAAUCCGGAAAUAUGGAACUACUGGCAUCAUUGGUACUCAAUGGUGAAGGGGAGAGACUCGUUGGUAAAACUAGUGAAAAUCCGGAGUUACAAUCUUUCUUGGAAAAUGUUCCGUUGUAUAUGUCAAAAAUUCGAAGGAUUCAUGAGGCUGCUAGAAAUGGAAGUUUAAGAGACUUACAGGCGGCUUUGGAUAGACGCAAGUUUGCCAUUGCUAAAGAUGUUAUUUCUCCCAACGGAGCAUCUCCCCUGCAUGUUUCUGUCAUUUUCGGAAAUACCAGCAUUGUGAGAUAUCUCGCUGGUAGAUUCCCGGAAACUGUUCAAGUACUGGAUGAAAAUGACAGAACCCCACUUCAUUAUGCAGCUGUUCUUGGAGAUAACGGCCAUUAUUACAACCUUCUAGUUCACUUGGGAGCUGACGUGCGUUUGGAAGACAAAUUUGGUCAUAAACCAGAUUACUACAGAAAAAAUCAAGAAGAAUUCUCUCACAGAAGUCUAUUGAAGGAAUUUGGAGUAGAAGAUACAAAGGAAUUUUUUGAAGAUAAAGGCAACUCUGAUAAUAAAAAUGGACAAGUUGAUAUGCCUUUUUUCGCCACAGAAGAAGGACGGUACUUGGCCGCAUCUCUAGGAGAUCCUCUCAUAAAAGGACUGACUGAGGUUGCAAACAAACGGCCUGAAGACCCAAUUGCAUACUUGGCCCAGUAUCUCUAUAAUUUCGCAAAUAACAGAAAUAAUAUCAAGUCCAGGGGAAGAACGCAGGAAAGUGCUCAGCAAAUUAUAGCCGGUUCCCCAACUGACGCCGAUGAUAACAAAGCCAUUCCUGCAAGCAUCGAUGUAGUAACUGUUGAACCAGAAGAAAAUGAAGAUGCAGACGAUUCAGCCUUCAAUAGUGCAAGUAGGGAUGAACACGGUCAAAGUAUGCUCCAUUUUGCUGCCUCGCGAUCGCAUGGCCGGAACGCACUUUUUCAACUAUUAAUGGAAACAGAAAUAAACGUUGCCUAUAGAGAUGAACUCUACAGAACCGCCAGAGACAUUAGCAUUCAAGCAAGUUUGCCAGACAAUACAGAAGAGAUUGAUCGAUAUGUUCUACAUAUUGCAACAAAAGGUGAUACUGAUAAACUUGUCGAACUUCUGUUAGAUGGAUAUGAUCACAUAACGGAUAUAGUAGAUAGUGAUGAUCAGUCAAUAAUGACGGCUGUAACAAAGGCGGAACAACCUGAGACAGUAUCAUUUCUCCAAUCAAUUCUGGCAUUUGAGGAAAAACGGGAAAGAGUUCAUCACGCAAUCCGGCAAGGUUCUAUAAAUGAUGUCACUGAUCUUUUAGCUGACGAAAACGAUACUGGUAGUGGGAAACUUCUGGCAAUAGGAAAGAAUAGUUACGGCCGAUGCACUCUUCAUAUUGCAGUUCUGUGUCAACAAGAAGAAAUAGUCGAUUUUGUAUCAAACCAUUUUCCAGAUACAUUGAAACUUGGAGACAACUUGGAGAGAACAGCGUUGCACUAUGCGAUGGGGGUAGAAAAAAUGGAAUCAAUUAGUAGGGUAUUGAUCAAAGCUGGUGCUCAGAGGGUUACCAAAGAUUUAAAAGGAAGACAACCGACCUACUAUUUCUUGAAUAAAUCUGACAUAUUGCGGCUACAGGAAGAAGAAGAAACAUUCUGAAUUCACAAAAAAGGCUGAAUCUCUUGUAUUUUUAUUAGUUUGACAAAAUCUGAAUCAAUUUCAGAUUUCGAUUCAAAAGUGAAGUAAAGUCAAAGUCUGAAGAGCCAGUGCUCCUGGCAAUACUGUAUAAUAAAUAAGGUUGUAGUAUUCUUAAAAAAAUUUGCUGUUUCAAUUAUAUUCCAGAAAAGUGAUAGGAAUGAAAAAAAUCGGUGGAGUUAUAAUCACUGUAAAACACAAGUAUUAUUAUUUGUCACAUGCAGUUUUCUUUUUAAUGUAAUCAUCGAAGAUACCAAUUAU